GAUGCAGACGGGCCUCUGGAGGGGGCGGGUUCUCUCGAGCCAGAAAGCCCGGAGCCGCCCAGGAAUUUUGGCUCGAACUGAGAGCAUUUCCUCCCGGGCCGGCCGGGCGCGAUCCGGGAAGGGCGGCUGCGGGCAGACGCGGCGCUGCGCUCGGCCGGGCCGGCACCAUGUGGUCCCUGCUCUGCGCGCUGGCCGGGCUGACCCUGCUCCGCGCCGCGGGCUCUUUGGCCGCUGCAGAACCCUUCAGCCCUCCACGAGGAAAUUCAGCUCAGAGCACAGUGUGUGACAGACAUAUGGCUGUGCAACGCCGUCUAGAUGUCAUGGAGGAGAUGGUAGAGAAGACCGUGGAUCACCUGGGGACAGAGGUGAAAGGCCUGCUGGGUCUGCUGGAGGAGCUGGCCUGGAACCUGCCCCCGGGACCCUUCAGCCCCGCUCCCGACCUCCUCGGAGAAGAUGGCUUCUGAGCCCCGGAGCUGAAGCCCUGCAGCUGGAGGUGGUGCACCUGCCAGGCAGCACCCACAGAGCCAGCCCUGUCCUCUCGCUGUCCUUCCUCAGCUUCGUGUGAAAUAAAAGCUAUUCUUUUGGUCUCCUCUGUGUCUGCUGACAGAGUAACCCGUUUAACUAUAGCCCCCUCUCCCUCCACUUCCAUGCCUGGAGGAGGCCUGCAACCCGCUUCAGGCUCAGACUUGGGGACACGCCCACACCCGCCAUCUGUGCUUUAGCAUUCUUUAUUUACAGGGGCAGAUGGAGCAGGGGUUCACUCACACAGGUGGGGGCCCUUCGAGUGGCCUUGCUUCUCAAAAUGUGGCCAUAGGUGAGAAGCAAGGGGAUCAGGGUCUCAGGACCCACCCAGACUCCCAAAUCUGCAUUACAAUGAGACCCCCAGGGAAUUUACGUGUCCAUUAAAGUGGUUUGUUGUUGUUUUUAAAAAAA